GGCCUUAUUUUCUUAGGCAACCCGAGCCUUCACUUCAUUCACAAUACCCAAUUACGUCUCGUCGUAUAUACUCCUAUAUCCAGAUGUUUCUUUCCUAGUCAGUGAUCGCCGUCGGGGAGAGAGAGAGAGAGAAGAGAGGGAUCGAAGAACAGCUGAGAGAUGGACAUCCUGAAACAAGAACUGAUGAGGAAGCGCCAGAGCCUAGCCCAAGACGUCGGCGGCCGGAAGGUCUUCAAGCGCUCCGAAAUCGAACAGAAACGCAUCCAACGCCUCAGAGAGGAAGAAAAGCGCGAAUCAGAAGCCAAAGCCCUAAAACAACAACAACAACAGCAGCAGCAGCAUCAACAAAACGAACAAGACUCACAACACGACUCGUCAAACCCUAACUCCACCUCUCAAACCUCCAAACAAAACCCUGAUUCCGCCGCCGCCUCUUCUUCUUCUUCCAAAAAACCCCCAACCAACGAGCAAAAAAUCGACGACCUCAACCUCUCAAAGCAAGAGGUCGUUCGCCGCCUCCGCUUGCUCAAACAACCCGUCACUCUCUUCGGCGAAGACGAUUUGGCGAGGCUGGACCGGUUAAAGUACGUGUUGAAAGCAGGGUUGUUUGAGAUUGAUGAUAGCGAUAUGACCGAAGGGCAAACGAAUGAUUUCUUGCGCGAUAUCGUGGAGUUGAAGAAGAGGCAGAAGUCUGGGGUCAUGGGUAAGCGGCAGAAGGGGGGAGAGGACGGGGGGGAAGAUAAGGAGGAGGAGGAGGGAGGGAGUGGUGGGGAAGGGGGGUCGUCGGGGGUGGAUUAUGAUAAGGAUUUGAAGAGUAUGAAGGCGAAUUUCGAGGAUUUGUGUGAUGAGGAUAAGAUUCUUGUGUUUUUCAAGAGGCUGUUGAAUGAGUGGAAUCAGGAAUUAAAUGAGAUGGGGGAGGCAGAGAGGAGGACGGCGAAAGGGAAGUCAAUUGUUGCCACGUUUAAGCAGUGCGCGAGGUACUUGCAUCCGUUGUUCAAGUUCUGCAGGAAGAAGGUUCUUCCGGAUGAUAUUCGCCAAGCAUUGCUCUUGAUGGUUGAAUGCUGCAUGAAGCGAGACUACCUAGCUGCAAUGGACCAUUACAUCAGGUUAGCCAUUGGAAAUGCACCGUGGCCUAUUGGAGUUACUAUGGUUGGUAUCCACGAACGUUCUGCCCGUGAGAAAAUCCACACCAGUAGUGUGGCCCAUAUUAUGAACGAUGAGACUACUCGCAAGUACUUGCAAUCUGUUAAGAGGUUGAUGACAUUCUGCCAGCGGCGGUAUCCGACAAUGCCUUCCAAAGCGGUUGAGUUCAAUAGCUUGGCCAAUGGUAGUGACUUGCAUUCCUUGUUAGCAGAAGAGGAGAAGUAUUCUGGAGCUAAUCAAGUUCAAUCCGAGGAAAGGCUUCGGAUAAUGCCUGCCCCAAGUGAUUGCUAAUUAUUAUGAGUGAUGGAGACAGGAUAGGUUCUUAUUUGAAGUUCUCUUCACAAUGUUAUGCAUGAACCGUAGUGUCUUGUGACGGUAAAGUUCGCAAAGCAGAUUAUCUCAUACCCUUGGGUUGUGCUUGGAUCUAAUGAUCAAACUUUUGUUUUUUCUGUAUGCCGUUUAUAGUAGUAGCGAGUGAAUGGAAGGAAAUAAUGAAAACUUUUCGAAAA